GCCCGGCGGGUCGCUGAGGAGGGGGUUGGUGGAGGACGCUUCCCGAGGGCGCGCGGAGCCGAGCGGGUGACAGACACGCACGCGCGCGUGCGCUCCCGACUCCUGCGCGGCCCCGCGACCCCCGUCGGGCCGCUGAGAGGCGCGCGGCGUCCGCGCCGCAGCCGUCUAGGGUUCCAGUCCAGGGGCGUCCCCGGCGUCCCCAGCCCGAGUCUCCGAGCGCCGGGCCGCGCCCGCUCCUGCCCCCGCGUCCCGUCCUCGCUGCUGUCCGAGACUGUCCCUUAACUCGGCUUUCCGCACCGAGGGCCGGGUCCUCGCGGCCCAUGGUGGCCGCUGGGGACCCACGCAGCCUAAGUCCGUCUCGGGCCGGCCAGCCGGCCACCAUGGUGGCCCUGAGGCCUGUGCAGCUCCUCCAGGGGGGCUAAUAGACCCAGGACGCGGGCCUAGGGGUGAGAGGGUCCCAGGCCAGAGUCCCCCGCCAUGGCUGGAGCCAUCGCUUCCCGCAUGAGCUUCAGCUCGCUCAAGAGGAAGCAGCCCAAGACAUUCACGGUGCGGAUCGUCACCAUGGACGCCGAGAUGGAGUUCAACUGCGAGAUGAAAUGGAAAGGGAAAGACCUGUUUGAUUUGGUGUGUCGGACGCUGGGGCUUCGGGAGACCUGGUUUUUUGGACUGCAGUACACAAUCAAGGACACCGUGGCUUGGCUCAAAAUGGACAAGAAGGUGUUGGAUCAUGAUGUUUCGAAAGAAGAACCGGUUACCUUUCACUUCCUGGCCAAAUUUUAUCCUGAGAAUGCUGAGGAGGAACUAGUUCAAGAGAUCACGCAGCACUUAUUUUUUUUACAGGUGAAGAAACAGAUUUUGGAUGAAAAGAUCUACUGCCCUCCUGAGGCUUCAGUGCUCUUGGCUUCCUACGCUGUCCAGGCCAAGUAUGGUGACUAUGACCCCUCUGUGCACAAGCGGGGAUUUUUAGCCCAAGAAGAAUUACUUCCAAAAAGGGUGAUAAAUCUCUAUCAGAUGACUCCGGAAAUGUGGGAGGAGAGAAUUACUGCUUGGUACGCGGAGCACCGGGGCAGAGCCAGGGAUGAAGCUGAAAUGGAAUAUUUGAAGAUAGCUCAGGACCUGGAGAUGUAUGGUGUGAACUACUUUGCAAUCCGGAAUAAAAAGGGUACAGAGUUGCUGCUUGGAGUGGAUGCUCUGGGACUUCAUAUCUAUGACCCUGAGAACAGGCUGACCCCCAAGAUCUCCUUCCCAUGGAAUGAAAUCCGAAACAUCUCCUACAGCGACAAGGAGUUUACUAUUAAGCCACUGGAUAAGAAAAUUGAUGUCUUCAAAUUUAACUCCUCAAAGCUUCGUGUUAAUAAGCUGAUUCUCCAGCUGUGUAUUGGGAACCAUGACCUAUUUAUGAGGAGAAGGAAGGCUGACUCUUUAGAAGUUCAGCAGAUGAAAGCCCAGGCUAGGGAGGAGAAGGCUAGAAAGCAGAUGGAGCGUCAGCGGCUGGCUCGAGAGAAGCAGAUGCGGGAGGAGGCCGAGCGCACGAGGGACGAGUUGGAGAGGAGGCUCCUGCAGAUGAAAGAAGAGGCAACGAUGGCCAACGAAGCUCUGAUGCGGUCUGAGGAAACAGCUGACCUGCUGGCUGAAAAGGCACAGAUCACGGAGGAGGAGGCCAAGCUUCUGGCACAAAAGGCUGCAGAGGCUGAGCAAGAGAUGCAGCGAAUCAAGGCCACAGCCAUUCGGACAGAGGAGGAGAAGCGCCUGAUGGAGCAGAAGGUGCUGGAGGCUGAAGUGCUGGCGCUGAAGAUGGCCGAGGAGUCGGAGAGGAGGGCCAAAGAGGCCGAUCAGCUAAAGCAAGACCUUCAGGAAGCCCGAGAAGCAGAGCGAAGAGCCAAGCAGAAGCUCUUGGAAAUCGCCACCAAGCCCACAUAUCCACCCAUGAACCCAGUCCCAGCGCCACUGCCUCCUGAUAUACCAAGCUUCAACGUCGGUGGUGACGGCCUGUCAUUCGACUUCAAGGACACUGACAUGAAGCGACUCUCCAUGGAGAUAGAGAAGGAAAAAGUAGAGUACAUGGAGAAGAGCAAGCAUCUGCAAGAGCAGCUCAAUGAACUCAAGACGGAAAUCGAGGCCUUGAAACUCAAAGAGCGGGAGACAGCCUUGGACAUCCUGCACAACGAGAACUCAGACAGGGGCGGCACCAGUAGCAAGCACAAUACCAUUAAGAAGCCUCAAGCCCAAGGCAGAAGACCUAUCUGCAUUUGAGUCCUCAAAGUAGGUUAUUCCCAGCUCACUCUGCAGAGCGCCAAGUCCCGAGUGGCCUUCUUUGAAGAACUCUAGCAGUGACCGGCCACCUCAGGAUCUGCUACUUCUGUUCCUGACAGCGACAGGAUGGGCCUGACCCCAUGGGAACCAUCAGUAGAGGGCUGGCUUGUUUGGGAACUCUGAGUAGAGGGCCCAAUCCCCUUCGUGUGCAGUUGGUUUUGAACUCUGGCCUUGUAGAGAUCUCUCAAGGUGUUCUAGUUCACCUGGCCUUCUCUUUCUUUUCUUUUUUCUUUUUCCUUUGAGAAGUAUUUGUUGUUGUGCAUGGAUGCCAUCCUUCCUACGUUCUAGGCACUGUGGUGUAAGUGUCCCAGUGCCUGCUGCUGACUCCAGAACCUGGUUUGGGAAGUGACUUUAGGAGUCCAGUGUGGAGGCUGCCUAAAUUCGACCAUGCUGGUGCUACCCGCUCCCCACCAGGGUUCUGAGCUGUGCCUCCCCUCCACAGUGAGAACCUGACACAGUGCAGAAGCAUGGCCAGGCUCCUCUGAGACAGUGUUGUAGCUGUCUGAUGGCAGGAAGCGGGCUUAAGAUAGAAGUUGUGAUGAAAGGCUGGUGGCUAGCUGAAGGUCUGGGAGGCGAGUGGAGCCCAUGCGGGGAUCUGAUAGUAUAGUGUGUACACGACUCCCUUCAGGCUCAGUCACUUGCCUGUGGUAUGCCAGGGGUUUCCUGGUCACAGUCCCAUCAGUGCCUGGGACCCAGCUGUGACCAGGGCCUCCCUUCAUCAUCCCAUUCGGCACAUGGAACUCCAGAGCCCUGCUGCCCAUCCCAUCAUCCUCUCCCCAGCUCUGUCUAAUACCUAGGCCUCGUUGCCCUUGUCCUCCCUGAGGGCCCAGCAGUGUCCCUCUUGUCCCUCCGUUCCUGAGCCUGACAGAGGUAUCCACUCACAGGUUAACCCUAUGGGUUGCCUCUGUGCAGGGCAGCAGAUGCAUACCAUGUGGCUCACACACUCCAUGGUUGGGUCUACCUUCUCUGUAUUGGGUGUCACUACUGUGGCCCUUCAGGUCCUAGCAGAACAGGUGAUAUGUCUCAAUCCAUGAAAAGACGUAUAUUAACUGAAGACAGCUGAGCUGAGGGGCUGGGAACGAAGGUACACUCCACAAAACAGUUUGGUUUUGAGAAACUGAGGUGGUACUCUACCUUGUUCCCACUGGCUGGCUGCCCAUUUGGCCACUUUGCCAUCGUUAGCCACCCCUGAGUGUCACCCGGCCUCCCUGGGCACCUAGGUUAGGACUCUAGUCUGGAACCUAAGGCUGCGGGAAAGUCCUCCAGAAUUGACACACUGGCGUUUGCCAAGUCUGCCCUGGCUCUGAUGUUGAGCUGUCUCCUUGGGCCUGAAACCCAUCCCUGAAUUUCUUCCAGGAUUGAGUUUCUUCCUCUGUAAAUUUAAUCUUUGACAAUGGCUGUGGGGCACAGGAGCAUGAAGCUGGCUUCUAAAAGUGAUGUCAGGCCUUGUUUUUUAAUUUAACUACUGUUUGUAUCUCAAGUUUGGGGAAUGCCAAGCUGCAUAACGACGUGGGAGCCCUGGUAUUUGAGCAGUGGCAGGUAUAACCAUUGCCUGGUAGGUGGGGCCCAAACCCACUCAGUCAGGAGUACAUCAGCUCCUCUGAAGAGAGGCUGGGGUCCCCAGGGUGUCUUCAGUCCCAGAAGUAGGAGGACUGAGGUCUUUGUGGGAGAGAUGGACAUCUCUGAAGUCCAGGGGAAGUGGGCUCCAGCCCUGGCUAUUGCCUUUCUAGCUGCAACAGCUCUUGUGCAGAGGUACCAUGCUACUCAGACAGUCACUGCUCAGUGCAGGACACUGAGGCCUUGCUGUUGGCCUGUGGCCGGUCAUACAUCCUGACUGAGGUCAUACCUCGGCCACAGCAGCACUCUGACCCAAGUUAUUGGGGUCAGUUAUUGGUUUACCUGUCAGGCCUUGCUAAAUAACACCCGUGGAUGUAUAUAACACUACUUGAGUUACUGUUUUAUCAUCUUGUAGACAGGUUUCUCUUGUUUCCUCACUUUCAAAAAAGUCCAGAGGCUGACAGCCAGCAGCAGUGACUAACUGCCCUUGCCAACAGGGCCAGAGCCUCAAAGCCCCGGUGCAAGCAGCCUUCAUGGUGUGUGUGUGCGUGUGUUGGGAGGAUCCAGCCUCCCCCAGGGGCCUGAGACCAAGCCAGCGCUCAUGGGCUUCCAUUCCUCUGUUCUCUUAUUAAACAGCUCUUCCUGUUGGGCCCAGAACAUGAAGCUGUUUUCUGUUUGGGGUGGGGGGAUUGUAAUUUAAGUGAUUGUUUUAAUAAAAAUUCUAAGCUGCUA